CAACAUGUACGGUGUAUAGUGUGUGGCUGGCGACUGCCUGAGAAGUGUGUACGUGUGGUAUUCUUAUUUUUUAAUCGAAUUCAAGGCGCCUCGAGACUUCGAUCUGAUUCAUUAUCCACGUCAAUUCGACAGUACGUACGUUUACUUACGCACGGACGCUUCGAUCACCAUGAAAUGCGGUCCCUCGGCUAUCUUCGCAGAUCAAUUCCCAGUUAUCGUCAUUUGAGAAUAAAUCAUAGUCAAAAUUUCAUAGAUCCAGACACAAUGCAACUUUUGCAAACACAUUCCGCGCCAGGACAUAAAAACCUGCGUAUUUUUACGCGAAAUGAAUCGAGUUUCGUCCCUAGGAAGGUGCUCAUUGUGACGAAACUGUCUCGAUACCACUUCGAAAAAAUGCAGAAACCCGAGCUUAACGAGAACCAGCUAAAGUUGCGGCUGAUGGAAAGGGGCUACGAUUACAAUGCCAUGAUCGCGAGUCACAUGGCUACUAAGGCUGUGGAAAGUCAAGUGACUGAAGUCUUGCGGCAGAUGAAUGUGGAAUAUAAGAUAGUAAAUAGAACGAAUCUAGAUCAAUCGCUCUUUACAUGGGCGGAUUUGAUACUGCCGAUCGGCGGCGACGGAACAUUUCUCUUGGCUUCAAACUUGAUAUUUAACAAUAAUAAACCCAUAAUGGGUAUCAAUUCGUAUCCCGAUAAGUCGGAGGGUUACCUCAUGUUGUCUGCAAAAUACACAAGAAAUAUACCAGAGAUUUUUAAAAUGUUAAAAAUAGGACAUUACGAUACACUCAUGCGACGGAGAAUUCGCAUCACUUUGAUGGGAAAGGAGAUUUGGGCAGAACCUUUUCACUUGCACGAGAAAGGGCGCAUUGUAGGUGCUGAUAAAGUUUUUGCAGAAUGGAAAUUCGAAAAUUACGAUCGCAACAAACUACCGCAAGAAAGACGUCUACCAUGGUUGGCGCUUAAUGAAGUUUUUAUGGGUGAAACAUUAUCGGCAAGGACGAGUUCUCUGCUUGUAAAGUUGGAUGAAGAAGAGAAGUAUCACAAGGUGAAAGGUUCCGGCUUAUGCGUGAGCACCGGUACAGGAUCCACAUCUUGGUAUCGGUCUAUGCACAGCCUGAGUCACCAAACAGUGCGCGAAAUAUUAAAGCUCGCGGACAGUGGACGACAAUUCAAUAACGACGAAGUUGACAAAAUCUGCACGACUUUCAAUAGCGGCCUACGAUUUGACGCUGAGGAUCUUAAACUGUGUUACUCUAUAAGAGACAUGAUAGUGACUAAUGCAGUGCCUAUACCAAAGCUCAUGCAUCCUCGAGGUUUCUGUGCAAAGAUUACCGUGAGGUCACAGUGUAACGAUGCAUCUCUAGUUAUCGACGGUGGUAUAGCAAUCCCUUUUGAUUACGGCACCAUUGCGAAAGUGGAGAUCUUUCCCGAGGAUUCUUUGCAAACCAUUACGCUUUCCGACUGAAUAAAUUAAGGCUUCUAGAACAAGUCACAUAAAGUUUUACAAUAUUUGCGAUUACAUAACGUAAGGAAAAUAAUUCGCUUAUCGUUUAUGGCAAAUGUAUCACACAUUCCUGUAGUAAAAAAAAUUGUUAAUCCAAAUUUUUAUAAAAGAAUUUUUUUAUAUCCAUUUGUGUGAUAUGCAAAAGCUAGAGUUGUUUAAUAGUGACAAUUACAAGUAUAUAUAAGAGAACAAUGAAAAGAAACAAAAAUUAGAAUUAGUAAUUACUUAUGUUAUAUUGAUACUGGCUUUAAUAGAAUGCGUAAAAGAUAAGGGCGCGAUCUAUUUAAUUUAAAAGUAGGAAAAUUUGUUAUUAUGAUCUUAUAUUGAUGUAAAAUUCUCUUUGUAGUAAGAAUUUUUAUUCUAUAUUUUUACUGCUUAUUUAAUAUAUAUAUAUAUAUAUAUAAGACUUUUA